UUCCGUAUCAGCAGUCAGACGCCUUACCUCUCGAGGUGCUCUUCCCUGCAGUCCAGCUAGCUUAUAGGAUGGAUCUUUCCCUGCUCCCAGCAAUGGUUGCUGACAUUCAUUGUGGGCUUAGGUAUCUGGUCAACGGUUUUGAGCAGGUGGGUUCUGAGCCGUCGACUGAGCUUAUUUGUGUGAAGGUCGAGCUUCCUUAUGCGUAUCUGAUGGCGUGGAUCGUUCUUCACCAUCCUGACUUGAUGUCUGCGCCCAGCAUUGUUGAUGCCCCUGUUCCUUUCGUACAGCUGUUGGAGAGGAGCAGAUGGCUCGGGAAAAUAUUCAGUGAUGUACAACGAGAGCUUCGAGUUCGUAAGAGCUGGGAGUUCUUCAAGUGUUUUCCUCGCUUUUCGGGCCGCUAUGGUGAUGUGCUGAUUGAUGAGGAGAAGCCCAGAACUAAUCGGACUGCUCUCGACGUUGGUUGUUUCCGCUGGUUGGUGAACAUCCGCGUCGGGUAUCUCGUUCUUCGGGUGAAGAACCGCUGCCACAUAGAGCCUUACCUCCCCAGCCGUUUUGCUCGUCAGUUUGGCUACGACCAACUAUAUGUUGGGAAUCCGAGCCGUGGUUUGAAGAUUGAAGGAGGGCUUAUUGACGGCGUUCGGGCAUGGCUAUGGACCAUGGUGGGCUGUACGGGAGCCCAGUUUGCUCUUCCUUCAUCCAGACGCAAGCCGUUGAUCACUUUCCUCAGUUGCAAGUGGUUUCUUUCUGCCAAUGAGUCCAUAGGUGUAAGGAGUCUUUCAGAGUUGCAGUCUGAGCACUUGGUUCAAGUCACUAUGAUGGCUGCUCGUAAGGCUGAGCUUGCUAAGAAACAGGGGAAGAAGCCUGCCAAACAUUCCCUCUCGAGCAGAGACAGGAUGGAUGACGAUGAAGAGCUCCUUCCUAUUGAUGAUGAAGACGAGACUUCUGAGGAGGAGUAUGUGGAUAUAGAUACUGACCAAGAAGAACUUGAUGCAGGUAGGACAGUCGAUGAGCACGAGUCGCUCGCUGCUCGUUAUGUGAGAUCCAGGCCUAGCGGCAAAGCUCCUACACGGGUUGAGACACGUGGCAAGUUCGUGCACGAACGGCCCGUUGGUUCUAUGAGGGCUGGUGCUCCGAAAAAGAAGAAGACCGCUCAUAAACCAUGCGUUGGUCGGUACCCCUACGGAGUGGAUUUAGGAGACAUCGCCGACGGAGAGGAAGGGUACUAUGACGAGGGCGAGCUUCCACCGGACCCCGUAUUCCCUAGUUCUGAUAAUAUGGAUAGCUUCAUGCAGCAAAUAUGUGACACCAUUCGUAACGACUCCAUGGACGUUGAUACUGAGCAGGUGAAUAGUGUUGAGCCCACCAUUCCAUGUUCAGAUUACUUGAAGAAUCCAAGUAUGGAUAUUGGGGAAAAAGAAUCUUCUGUUCCUGGUGCAGAUGUCGUGGUAGAAAAGCCAGUUGAGGAUCAGACCUUUCAUGAUGUAGGUUUCGAGGAACAGGGGUGUGCCUCUGCACCAAGUUUCUCGGGACCCGACAUCGGAUUAUUUGUCGACAUGCUGGCUGAACAGGCAUCCAGAGGAGCUGUGGGACCACCCUUUGAGAGUGAUUCAUUCACAGUUCCGGUCACCAGGACUGAUUCAAUAAUGAUGCCCGGCAUAUCUAGUUUACCUCGGAGUGACAGACCCACAGGACCGGUCACUGGGACCGAUACUCUUAUGACUCCUGGCAUUCCCCGUGUACCUGAGGACGGUGGACUUGCAGGGGUUGAUAUACCCUCCAUGACUACUCCUGCAGUUAUUUCGGAACCUGUCGGAUCUCAGCCCGAGGGGACCUCCGUUGACGUUGGAUCUCGAUCAUCUCUAUAUGAGCAUGUUCGCGCCCUCUUGGCCGAUACCGAUCCAGACAGAGACAUUUUCCGUACAGACCUCGGCUUUUUUUACUGCCUUUUUUAA